CCCCGCCCCGCGGCGGAUAAAGCCGCCGGGCCGGCGCCCCCGCCCGGCACUGGGCACGGCACGGCACGGCCCGCCAUGAGCGCUGCCGCGCACUCCCCACCGCCGCCGCCACAGCAGCAGCCGCAGAUGGAGGGCAGCGCCGAGCCGCUGCCCCCGGGCUGGGAGAUCAAGAUCGACCCGCAGACGGGCUGGCCCUUCUUCGUGGAUCACAACAGCCGCACCACCACCUGGAGCGACCCGCGGCUGCGGGCGGCGGCGCAGGAAGGCCAGUCAUCAGCAAAUGGUCCAUCUCGUGAUAGCCCCAAGCAGCUGCCAGCAAGAGAAGGAAACAUGGGAUACCCCAAGCUCCGGGCUGGCUAUAUCCCUAUUCCUGUCAUCCAUGAGGGCAUCGAUGGCAGACAGCAGCACCCGUGCUUUUCUGCUCCACAGCCUGGUGUGCAGCGAUACAAGACAGAAGCUGUGCCUACUACGGUGCAGGCACAGCCACCUCUAAGGGGGGCCUAUGCCGGCCCCGAGUCCCCUCCGAGGGGACCGCCGGAGGCUUCUCAGACAGAUAAACAAUGUGGACAGACAACAGCAGCUGCAGCAGCCCAAGCGCCGGCCGCACACGGACCCGAGCCUCAAUCUCCUGGAGCUUCCGAUUCUUCAACCGCUUCCCCUCAGUCCUCUGGCAGACCCAAUGCAGGAAGCCAUCAGCUUCCUCGUGGUUAUAUUCCAAUUCCUGUGAUCCACGAAAAUAUCCAACGGCAACCAACACAAGUCUACCAUCAGGCACAGAAGACCCACUACCCUGCCCAGCAGAGUGAAUACCAAGCCCACCAACCAGUGUUUCAUAGAAUUCAACCAGAUGAGAGGGAGCCCAAGACGGCACGAGCGCAGUCUCCGUUCAGAGUGUCUCAGAGAGGCUCGUCGAGCCGUGAAAGCUCACCAGCCAGAGUUACCACCCAGAUACAGCCCCCAGCUCCCAUCCGAGUGCAGACAGUUGUAGACAGACCCCAGGUUUCUCAGCAACAAGCCCCACCUCAAGAACCACUGAAACCAUCCCCACCACCUGAAAUCAAACCUGAAAACAAGGCAGUCCCACCCGAAAGUGAGGCACCAUCAUCUUACAUCCCAAUUCAGGUCACCCACCAAGAACCAGAUUCUAAACUACCACCCCAGAAGCCUCCAGCCCAGGCAGAGAAAGCUGACAAAAAAGUUCCCUGCCCAGCUAAGAUUGUUCCCCCCCAGGAAAGGCCACCUCCUGAGGAAGCAGCAACACCGAAGACGAUGGAAACAGGAGAACCUGAAAAGCAUCCUGGUGUUUUGAAAGUGGAGGCAAUUCUGGAGAAAGUACAAAUGCUUGAGCAGGCAGUCGACUCCUUUGAAGGCAAGAAAACUGACAAAAAAUACUUGAUGAUUGAAGAGUACUUGACCAAAGAGUUGCUAGCCCUAGACUCGGUGGACCCCGAGGGUCGUGCGGAUGUGCGCCAGGCCAGGAGAGAUGGUGUAAGGAAGGUCCAGAACAUUUUGGAAAGACUUGAACAGAAAGCAGAAGAUGUCCCAGAACCUGUUCAAGUUGAUGGACUUCAGCCAAACUUGCCAGAGCCUAAACCACCACAGGAAAUCAUGGAGAUUGAGCCUGUGGUAGUCAAGAGCAAGGGAGAUGCCAGUAACAAAGAUGCCAAAGAGGAACCCAAAGUGGAAAGACAUCAGCCUGAAACUAAGGAGGAAGUGUUUACCAAUCUCACCACUACAACAAACACAUCUAAUAAUCCAACUGAACCAUAGCCACGUGCUGGAAUUAAAAUCUCUCAGACUUUAUAACUUGAAGUGUGUUUAAGUGAAUUUUAAGUUGCAUGCAUUUCCAGAGCUCUUUUCAACUGGUUUUUAAUCAACAUAGCAGCUUGGGACACAGUAAACACUCUGUUGGGGGAAGGAGGGAGUUAGAAAGUAAUGCAUUUAUCCUUUAUUCUUACACUAUGUAAAAGACAUGUUUCAAAAAUAAACCCUGUACAUUAAUCACUUGUAGAUCAGCUGAGUGGAGGAAAAAAGCCAGCUACUUCAGGGUUAAUAUUGAUGCGUGUUGUUUAGGGUGUAUUCUUUUGCAGGUGAUUUUUGUAAAAUCAGUGGCCUGCAUAGUCAGAAUACCAGUCCUUUUAAGUAUAGCCACUCUUAACAGCAAUGUUUUUAUUUUUAAUGUUCACAGUUGGGCACUUUAAGUAAUGAUGGAUAGAAAGUGUGUAAGAAACUGUAGGGAUAUUUAUAUGUGUGCAGGACUUCAAUGCUAUAUUUUAAGAGGGAAAUAAAAUAAUAUAGAAGCCUAAUUUAGUCCUGUGAUUUUAUAAGCUGGAAAUGUAAGGGCAGUAUUUGGUUUCAAAUACACUCUUCUAAACACA